ACUGCGAAGUAUAAUCCUUAAAUUUCGGUACUCUCGAUGAUGGCGCCCAAACUAGGGAAAACCCUCACUGCUCCCGCCGUUCGCCAAAAUCUCUCCUAAAUUUAAACCCUCGCCGCCACAACUUCCCUGCACAAACCGGCCCAUUUCUUCUCUGCCUCUCUACCAUGCCGGCAAUAACCCCACCAGUCGCCGCCGCCGCCGCCUCCUCUCCUGGCGGAGGAGCAAUCGGAUCGGAAUACGAGCCGUUGCUAGCGGAGAAUCCCGACCGCUUCUGCAUGUUCCCCAUCACCUAUCCCUCCAUCUGGGAGUUCUACAAGAAGGCGGUGGCCUCCUUCUGGACGGCGGAGGAGGUGGACCUCUCGCUCGAUCUCCCACACUGGCAGCACCGCCUCUCCGACGACGAGCGUCACUUCAUCUCUCAUGUCCUCGCCUUCUUCGCCGCCUCGGAUGGCAUUGUCCUCGAGAACCUCGCCGCCCGGUUCAUGCGCGACGUCCAACUCCCUGAGGUUCGCGCAUUCUACGGCUUCCAGAUCGCCAUCGAGAACAUCCACUCCGAGAUGUACUCCCUCCUCCUCGACACCUACAUCAAAGACCACGAGGAGAAGUCGCGCCUUUUCCACGCCAUCGACACGGUGCCCGCCGUCACCCGUAAGGCGGAAUGGGCUCUUCGCUGGAUCGACUUCUCUGGCUCAUUUGCCGAGCGCCUCGUGGCAUUCGCUUGCGUCGAGGGCAUCUUUUUCUCCGGUUCCUUCUGCGCCAUCUUCUGGCUCAAGAAGCGCGGGCUCAUGCCCGGUCUCACUUUCUCAAACGAGCUCAUCUCCCGCGACGAGGGGCUCCACUGUGAUUUCGCCUGCCUCCUUUACGGUCUCCUCCGUAGCAAACUCUCUGAGGACAGGGUCCGCACCAUCAUUGCCGACGCUGUGGACAUCGAACGUGAGUUCGUCUGCAGUGCUCUGCCCGUGGCCCUCGUCGGUAUGAACGGCGACCUCAUGAGCCAGUACAUUGAAUUCGUGGCAGACCAUUUGCUUGUGGCUCUGGGCUACAGCAAGAUGUACGGCGUGGCCAACCCCUUUGAUUGGAUGGAGAUUAUCUCGCUUCAAGGGAAAACCAAUUUCUUCGAGAAGAGGGUGGGCGAGUACCAGAAGGCUUCGGUGAUGUCGAGCUUGAACGGCAAUGGAGCCAUCCAUGAGUUCAAGCUGGACGAAGAUUUCUAAAGGCUCCCGUGUCUGCGCGAAUAAGUUUAAGCUUUAUAUAAUUUGGUAUUUGUUGUCGUUGAUAUAGAGAAUGAAAUCCAACAUUAAAGAAAACAUUGGGAACUGCUUGUUUCCGGGACUGGAAUGUGUUGUUUUUUCUCGAAUGUGAAGUGCUCGAGGAAAUGCCUAGCUCGGGUUCUGCUUAUCAACUAGUAGUAAGUUACAUGUUUGAAGAAAUGCUUCAAAGAUGUUUGUUCUAUUUGUUUGCGCAGCAAUUUAUAUAUAUCCUACUUAUACA